AUGAGUGACAUGGACGAAGCUGGGUGGCGGUGGAAACUUGCAAGCGAGCACCUAGCUUGGCUGCCCAGGAGACACAUGGGUGUCUUCAUAAUUGCUUGGCUGGAGCAACAGGUUGGGUGUGUCGUGAUAGAGAAGGGCAUUCUUCAUGUGUCACAGGCCUUGUUCAGACCAAGAGAUGAGGGGCUGCCUCCAAUCAGAACAGAUUUUCUAGUGGACCUCUUGGUUGCUCAAGGCGUUUCACGAGAAAUAUGGGGAGAGAGGCUUGAGAACUCUAGUAGAAGAGAAAUAGAAAGCUUGGGAGAACUUUGGACAACUCUUGGAGAAGUGAAGAAGUUGCAGCCGAUCCUCUUGCUUGGAGGUGGUGAACUCCCUUAUAUAGUCCAAGUUGGAGUAGACAAAGUUGAUUGA